AAUGAAGACAACAGAAAGAUAAGAUGGAUAGACAGGCUAGAUAAGUAGGUAGAUACAGAGAGAGAGAAUGGAUAGAUUAGAAAGAGGAAUGGGUGCAUCGAUAAGACACAAAAAUAGAUAGUACAUAGACAAUAGAGGCUAGAUAGUAGUAUAGACAGGAUAUAGAUGAUAGAUGAUAGGAUAGAUAAGAUAGACCACAUUCUUUUGAGGAAAACCUUAGCGAGACGCGACACGCAGUAGGAGCUUAAUAAACGUGCGCGGGCGCUCUCUCGCUCCACUCUCCCUUCCUCCUGGUCCCUUCCUUUCUCUCGCACAUUUCCCCGGACCUCGAGCCGGGAGGGGCAUACGGUCGGCAUUUAAUAAAUGUGCGCGGGCGUUCUUUUCGUCGCCUCCUUCCCUUCCCCUCUCCCCCCACAGCUCCCCAGAUCUCGGGCAGGGCGGGGCACACAGUAGGCGUUUAAUAGAUUCCAAUUUAUUGAGUGAUGGAUUGAUUGGUAGGUGGGUGGGGUCUCGGCUCUGCAGCCCGGAGAAGGGGCGUUGGGUGAGGGGCCAGUACUUAUCCUUCUACAAGUCAGACCAAAGCAUUAUUUCCGCCUAAGCAACCGGGACGUGAAAACUGUGGCCUUAGCCCCGCCCCUGAUGCUGCCUAUCCCUUCUUUGACCACGCCCCCUUCUAGGCCCCGCCUUUUCCCGAGACAGUCUUUGAGCCCCAGUGGAGAACCCACCUCCGCGGUGACUAUUGGCUACUGCUGACGGAAGACGGACUAAGAAAACAGCCAAUAGCAGCGCCACACGGAGUUUUUCCCGGGAAAGCCGGGUCUGUAGAGUGAAACCGGAAAUGAAAGCGAUCGACAGGUGGAGGUGGCCAACCAGGAGCGGGGAUCGAGGAUGUGGGGCGGGAUCAGAACUGGACUGCGGGGCCCAAACCGGUAGAGGCAGAUGCACCUGCGAGCAACACCCUAGAAGCGGAGCCGGAGCUUGGCGGAAGCCGCAGACGCUCCCCUCCCUCGCCGACGGUGGCCAUGCUCGCCGGGUGCCCUCCUGAGACCAGAUGACCUUCAUGUCGAUGGCCACGGUGGUGGCGGUGGCAGAGCCGAAAUGGGUGUCGCUGUGGGGACGCUGGUUCUGGGUGGCGGCGCUGCUGGGCCUGCUGCUGGGAUCCCUGUUGGUGGUCUUGCUCCCCCUGGGGGCCUUGGAGGAGCAGUGCUCCACACUCCAGAAAGGACUGUCCUUGCUGAGGAGCAAGCUGGGAGGAGGAAGGCAGAAGUCUCCCAGCACAGGGCUCACUGUCACCACAGGAGGGAUCAGUCUGCUGGUGGUCAAGCCCAAAGCGUCUGCAGACGUUAAGCUAGAAGCCCGAGCAGCCCUGAACCAGGCCCUGGAAAUGAAGCGGCAGGGGAAGCGCGAGAAGGCCCACCGACUCUUCUUGCACGCCCUCAAGAUGGAUCCCAAUUACGUGGACGCGCUCAACGAGCUGGGCAUCUUUUCUGAAGAGGAGAAAGACAUUCUGCAGGCCGAUUACUUAUAUACCAAAGCACUAACCAUCUCUCCCUACAACGAGAAAGCGCUCAUCAACAGGGACCGGACGUUGCCCCUGGUGGAAGAGAUCGACCAGCGCUACUUCAGCAUCAUCGACAGCAAAGUGAAAAAGGUGAUGUCCAUCCCCAAGGGGAGCUCGGCGCUGCGGCGCGUCAUGGAGGAGUCUUACUACCACCACAUUUACCACACCGUGGCCAUCGAAGGCAACACGCUGACCCUCUCCGAGAUCCGGCACAUCAUCGAGACCCGGUACGCCGUGCCUGGGAAGAGCCUGGAGGAGCAGAACGAGGUCAUCGGCAUGCACGCGGCCAUGAAAUACAUCAACACCACUCUGGUCUCCAGGAUCGGGUCCGUCACCAUCAGCGACAUGCUGGAGAUCCACCGGCGGGUGCUGGGUUACGUGGAUCCCGUGGAGGCCGGGAGAUUUAGGACUACGCAGGUGUUUGUGGGACAUCAUAUUCCUCCCCAUCCUCAAGAUGUGGAAAAGCAGAUGGAAGAGUUCAUACAGUGGCUGAACUCGGAGGACGCCAUGAAUCUGCACCCGGUGGAAUUUGCCGCGCUGGCCCAUUAUAAACUGGUCUACAUCCACCCCUUCAUCGAUGGCAACGGCAGGACCUCCCGCCUGCUGAUGAACCUCAUUUUGAUGCAGGCAGGCUACCCUCCCAUUACAAUUCGCAAGGAGCAGAGAUCCGAGUAUUACCACGUGUUGGAAGUUGCCAACGAAGGGGACGUGAGACCCUUCAUCCGUUUCAUUGCCAAGUGUACCGAGACCACCUUAGACAUGCUGCUAAUCGCAACCACUGACCAUGCCGUGGGAUUGCCAGAAGCAAAUCCCAACCAUUCUGGAUGCAAACAAACUAUUCCUGUGAAAACGUAAAUCUCGUUUGGCUUAAAAAGUGCAGCAGGGAUUAUUUUGCAGGAAUCACACAGCCUUGAGCGUUCCUACUGGGAAACAAGUCUUCUCACAAAGAAGACUUAGAGAGCUAAAUGUUCUUGACCUAAGAAUGUUUGUUUUAGUUUUGGUUUUUUUUUUUUUUUUUUUUAAGAAAAUCAGUUAAAUUAAGCCUUGUCUCUUAUAAUUUAUAAGCUAACUAUGCCAAAUUAUUUAUUUUGGAUUUUAAAGCAGGCAAAAAACGCAAGAUGUUAACAGCCAAACUCUGGGCUGGACAUUAAGAGGCUUUUUCCAGGGUAUACAGGGAAGUUGUACUGUAGGCCUCUGUCCUACAGGUUCCUGUACAUUCUCUCUGUUGAGGGACUAUUCUGCCAAGUCGAACUGGGGGCUCCAGGUCAGGAUGCAGGGAAGCUCUUUCUUUUGAGGGCAAGGAACUCCAGGAGUUAUUUUUGCAGAGGACAAGCAGUUUUCUUUUGGAAGGCGCAGGUUUAUCUGCCCAGACUAACUUAGGAAUCAACUUCUGCCUAGAAAUCAAACUACUGAGAUAUUAGGAUCCCUUUUAACAGUGGAACCUUGUCUGCCUCAACUGGCUUUACUUCCCUUCUCAAUAUUGGUACCGGGGAUCAUGUGUUUUUCUAUAGUGAGCUAUUUUUGUAAUUCAGCUAACAGCCAUCAGCCUAGUUCCCUCUCCCUUCCCAGCCUCCCUUUUUGGGAAGAGGAAUAUCUGUUUGUUAGAGCAGAAUCACUCCAGCAUCUCUCCCUCAAGCUGUGAAUCCAGGACCAUCAAAGUCUUAAGAAUGUCUUCCCUGACAGAUCACUCCUCAACAGUCUCUGCCACCAGAUUUUCCAGAUGUGGUGCUGAGAGUACACCCCUGGAUCACUGACACGAGAGAUCAAUCCUGAUGUAAUCAGCUGGAUAUCACAUCUCUGGGGUAUCUGUUUGGAACUUUCCUCACCUUGGCCAGUAUCUUUGCCUUUUCUGUGCAAUAUCUUCUCCCCAACUCUGCAUCGUGACAUUACCCCCUUCCUCCAGAUACCUCAUUGUUCAGCACAGGCAGUGAGUGGGCCCUGAGGUUGGACCAAGUCCUUCCAAGCCAUUUGGAAGGAAGGAGACAGAUUUUGUUUUAGCUCCCCAGACCACGUUAAAGAGGGUCCUGCAAUAAUAGCAAAGCCUUUGUCAGCCACAAGUGGAACAGCUCUAACAGCCAAUAAAUAACCAGGGUCCUUUCAGCUUGUUGAAAUCCAUCCAUUUGGUGAAUCUUCCACUUUGUCACUGUGACUCCAUCUUUCAGUGUCAGCCCCAAGCUUUUGGAGUUGUAUAGGUUAUCACAAAUGGACAACUGUUGGAAGAGAGGCCUACUUAACUAAGCUUUCUCAAAGGCUGGCUUAGUCCUGGAGAAAUAGAAAAGCUCUCACACAAAAUCCAAAGGUUCACAACCCUAAGAUACUUUAAAAGAUCACUGCCAUAAAUUAUUGAAUUCUGGAUUUGGUUCUUAGGAACAAACCCCAAGGCUAGCUGAACCACUAGACAAAAGCACUUGUUUUUGUAAUAAUGAAUGAAUUUGCACUUUAGCUCUAUGUGAAGGAUGUUACUCUAACAAACUACUUAUUCUAAUAAAGUAUUUUAUUAAAUCA